AUGAGGUUAAAUUGGAAAAAAGGACACAAAAUUGGGUUAAGCGCCAAUCUCUUUGCUUUUGCUUCUCUACUUCAUCUGGAUUCUGGGAUCUUAAAAUCGAUCAUCAAUCAAUCACUCUAUAACAAUAUUUCUCUCAGCCCAAUUGAUUUGAGCAACAUCAAAUGCAAUUUUCAAGGUUAAAAAUGGGGUCUUGGCUCCACAACAAGAUCGUUGAACCCCUUCUCCAAAUUUUACGCAGAGGUGCGGAGCCUAAACAAUUGGCAUUUUCAUCAGCUCUUGGCUUUACUUUGGGUGUAUUCCCAAUAUGUGGGGUUACUGUUUUUCUAUGUGGACUCGCUAUUCCUUUGUUGGGAUCGCGGUGCCAUCCUCCAACUGUGUUGCUAACUAAUUUUGUGGCUACGCCCAUUGAGUUGAGUUUGGUGGUUCCCUUCCUACGUCUUGGUGAAGCUAUAUGUGGUGGUCCUCAAUUUCCAUUAACUUCUGAUGCGUUGAAGAAAGUCUUGACUGGCAAAGCUUCAGUUGAAGUCCUUCUAAGUAUUGUUCAUGCGUUGGUGGGAUGGUUGUUUGCUGCACCAUUCAUCUUGGCUUUGCUUUAUGUUCUACUUUUGCCAUGCUUCAAGAUUCUUGUACAGAAAUUCAGCUCUGCCCCAACAAGCCCAAAGAAGCCAAAAGGCCAUGAAGAACUUCGGCUCAAGGUGAGGGCUGCCUGAAUCCCGACCUACGCGAUUGUGUGUAGAAUACAUGUAAAUUCUGUUGGAUGCUAGAAAAUUAGUUUUCUCGAGGCCAUAUUUGUUUAGACUACAUUCUCAUUGGCUUCUUAAGUUAAAAUUGAUCAGGAAAUGUUCGAAAGAUCUGAUCUUUGUUCAGUAAUUGUUUGUACAUGUUAAUUUCGAUUGCGAACAGAACAAUGAUUUCAGGGGAUAUGAUUAUGUUGUUUAAUAUACCAUUCUGUCACGGGGCGCCUUUUUAUACCCCAA